AUGGGAAGCCGUGGUGGCUGUGACUGGGAAAUCAGUGAAUUACAAUAUUUAUUUACCUGGAAAAAACGUCUGGUUGUGAGCAGUUUUAGUUUGUCUGAUUGUGAUAAUUUGUUGAAGUUGAUUAACUGCUCGAAUAAUUGGGAAUCAUCGAUCGUACAGCGGAGUCGAUUUUUUGUGAUUGAAAAAGUCGUCGUAAGUUUUUGGGAUUCGACGAAUUUUGGUCGCGAAUUUUUGGAGGCUUCGUCUUUCGUUUUUCUUCAUCAAAUUGCGCAUAAUUUUCUUCAAAUCGUUGAUCAUAUCGAAACCAAUAACGGUGAGAACUGUGGAGAUUUUUUGAAUAUCGGGUGA